AUGCGACAAGGCUCCAAAACGCCAACAGUGUUGAGGCUCUCUGAACAAGCCGACCUGACGUCCGCUGACGUCUGCCUUGUUGUUUGUUGCUGUUUGUCGCUUGUCUUCCAGGUGGUGGGCGAGUGGCGCUUCAGCAAGAUCCACUGUGACAUCUUCGUCACGCUGGACGUCAUGAUGUGUACGGCCAGCAUCCUCAACCUCUGUGCCAUCAGCAUCGACCGGUACACGGCGGUGGCCAUGCCCAUGCUGUACAACACACGCUACAGCUCCAGACGCCGUGUCACCGUCAUGAUCUCUGUGGUGUGGGUGCUGUCCUUCGCCAUCUCCUGUCCACUGCUGUUCGGCCUCAACAACACUGCAACGCGUGACGAGGCGCAGUGCGUGAUCGCCAACCCGGCCUUCGUGGUCUACUCCUCCAUCGUGUCCUUCUACGUCCCCUUCAUCAUCACCCUGCUGGUGUACGUGCAGAUCUACGUUGUGCUCCGCAAGCGGCGGAAACGCGUCAACACCAAGCCCAAGCGCUCCGGCCACCAGGGCCCUGAUCACGAGCUGGCCGCCGCGCUGAAGCAAGAGAAGUGCACUCACCCAGAGGAUGUACGUCUGUGCACUGUGAUCGUCAAGUCUAACGGCAGCUUUCCUGUCAGCAAGAAGAAAGUGAUAUUCAUCAAAGAGGUGGCCAAUGAGGCGGAGGACAUGGAGUUGGAUGACCUGCAGACCUGUAGCAAGCCAGAGAAGCAGCAGAAGUGUUCGGACCCUCCCCAGGCCUCCAGCCACCAGCCCCCCCAGGCCUCCAGCCACCAGCCCCCCCAGGCCUCCAGCCACCAGCCCCCCCAGCCCAACCAGCCCCAGCCCUCACACCCCUCCCAGCAGCUGCUCCCCAGCAAGGCCCCCAACACCAGCCCCACCUCCACCCCACCCACCCUGCCCGAGGAGGCUCUGAAGAAUGGGGACACGGGGCCCAAGGAGGUCCAGGCGGAGCCUCCCAGGGUGACCAAGGCCUUCCAGACCCAGGCCCUGCCCAACGGCAAGACCCAGACCUCCGUCAAGACCAUGAGCAAGAGGAAGAUCUCCCAGCAGAAGGAGAAGAAAGCCACGCAGAUGUUAGCUAUCGUGCUGGGCGUGUUCAUCAUAUGCUGGCUGCCCUUCUUCAUCACGCACAUCCUGAACACCCACUGCACCACCUGCAAGGUUCCGGCUGAGAUGUACAACGCCUUCACAUGGCUCGGCUAUGUCAACAGCGCAGUCAACCCCAUCAUUUACACCACCUUCAACGUGGAGUUUAGGAAGGCCUUCAUCAAGAUCCUGCACUGCUAGGAUGGUGUACGAGGAGGAAGUUACGAGGAAGAAGCAGUGACAUCACUUGCUGUGUACUUCCAUUGGCCAUGUUGGACUGCUACCUGUGACCAAGCCUGUUGGAGACCAGAGUGACUUAGCGGCGGCCAUUUUGGAAGACUAUAUCAGACAAUAUGAACUAACUUUGUGGACUAACUGUUCUCUUGAAUGAAUGUAAAUCAAAGGAAAAACGUCUGUAUCAAUGAACUUGUUUCUUGGAAAAAAUGUCAUAUUCUCUAGAGACCAUUGUGCUUGUCACUCAAGAGCCAUUCUUAAUGUAUAGAAUGCACGCACACACGCAGGAACACGCACAGACACACACAACCACGCACACAUGGCUGUGAUAAAAAAAAUGAAAAGCAAAUCAACAUAAUAUUUAAUCUGUGUAUAGGUUGUGUUUUUGCUGAUGCCUGCUUUCUGCUGAUAACACGUAAGCAUCAACAAAUCAGUGUUUGUCUCAGUAUUAAGCCCAAUAAUUGAACUAGAAGCUCCUCUGUUUUCAAAACUACCAUAAAUCAGAAUGUGUGCUGAAAAAAACAGAGAAUUUUCUAUUUCUCACUUUAUCAUCGGAAGAAGAGGAUGCCACUUAUGUGCAAUGUAAUUAAGAAUUCAAAUCAAAAAUUUAUUUUAAUUGAAUAAAUGUAUUAUUAUGAAUAUUAUUAUUCUCACUAUUAUUAUUGUUAUCGUUUGCUGUACAUGCUUUGUCGAGGACACAUUCAAUGUGAUUAUAUGGCUGCCGUGGAAACGUGAUGCAUGUUACAUCGCUCCUAACCUUGA